AUGUAUGAUGAAAAAUCCUUUAAUGAGCUUCAAAUCCAUAUCAGAGCAUCAUUUUGGGGUAAUCAUGCGGUCACUUUAUACGGAGUAACAAGAGAUGAAAGUACAAAUUUAAAGAAUUUGAUGUUAGUUCUUCGUCCAAUGGUUUGCAAUCUUUGGGAAUUCUGUUCUGAAAGAUUGACUUGGAAAGAUGUUUAUCAAGCAUUCUGGUUUAUUGCCAACGGUUUAACACAACUUCAUUCCAAAGGAUUAUUACAUCGUGAUCUUCAUCCAGGAAAUGUUUUAAUUCGAGAGAAUCAAUAUUGGUUAUCAGAUUUUGGACUCUCAGGACCUCCAUCAUCAUCCAAUAAUCAAAUAUAUGGGAAUACACCAUUUAUGGCACCUGAAGUACUUAAAGAAGGUAAUUACACUACUGCUUCGGAUAUUUAUGCUUUUGGAAUGUUGAUGUGGAUGAUUGCCAGUUCAUCACCUCCAUUUAAAGAUUAUGAUGAUGAAAUACAAUUGCAUUUGGCCAUCAUAGAAGGUGAACGUCCAAGAAAGAUAUUAGAUAUUCCAAUAGAAUAUAAUUUAUUAAUGAAACGUUGUUGGAAUGAGGAUCCUAAAGAAAGACCAAAUGCUCAAGAACUUUUAACAUUUUUUACUGAAGUUAUAACAAAUGAAAAUGAAGAAAAAUAUAAUUUUUUAAAAAAUUAUAUUAAAGAGAAAGAGGAUAAUAAAUAUCCGAUUCAAGUUCAAAGUAUUUGGGAAAGUCGAACACAUAGCAUUUAUUAUUCAAAUGAUAUAGAUACGAUGUCAUCAAUCUCAUCAUUUGAAGAUUGUGCCAUCUAAAAUAAUAAACUAAUCGGUCAAUACCGUUAACGAAAUUUCGAGAUAUUACAAGCGUGGUAUAUACACUUUUUUUCAUUCGUAAUAGAAAGCAAAUUACAAAUAAUAUAAAUAGUAUACAAAGUGCCAGAAACUUAAUAUAAAUCAACGUUUCAAACCGAUUUUUUUUUUUUAAAAAAAAAUUUUUUUUUCUUCUUUUCUUAAAUAUAUAACGAUAAUGAAACUUUCGUAAUGAAAUGAAAGUUUCGUAAUG